UGUACUGCUGUACAAGAGAAGAUAUCUGUUCUGUUCUGUUCUGUGUGUGCCCCUGGCAAUUCCAUGCACAAAGAGGAGGAAUUAGGACCACUAAGGCUUCUGAGAAACAUGUGAAUAUCUGUGGAAAUCAAAUCAUAUGAAGACGCUUUCUUUGAAGCAGCCCACCUGUGGAAUCAUAGUGCACUUAGGUACUUGCUGUAGAAUCUGAGCAUCUCAGCCAUCUUCACACUGACUCCAUACUACAGAUGCCUGUCUUGAUGGGCUCUGAGGAGAAGCAGCCUGCUCUUCCAGACCUCAGGAGACUAUUCUCUGCAUGUGAUUUAAACAGAUCAGGGAUUAUUGAGUUUGAGGAUUUUGCUAAAGUUUGCAAGGAUCUUAACCUGCGCAGUUCACAAGUCAGAACAAUUUUUAACAAGCUUGAUGUAGACCAUGAUGGAUGUGUUAAUUUUAGUGAUUUUGUAGCCAGCUUUCAGGAGGUUUCCCAGACUUUGGAUUUGACAGCAUUGACUCCAGUGGGAAGCAAUGACGGGGUACAUAACCAACAACAGGAUGCUUGGGAAGAGUUUGAAGAACAUUUCAGGGACGAACUGCCAUACCUGAAAAACUGUGAACGUGUCUCAGAACUGUACCAGCAGAUCCAUGGAACAUCAGAUUUCAUCCUUCUUCAACAGUUUGAAGCACUGAUUGCUGAUCUGAUACGGGAGAGCAAAGCCCACAAUCACGAGAUACAGCAGCUGGAAGCCAAGAUGAAGCGAUCAGAGGACAUUGCUUCAGAGCACAUUAAAGAACUUGAGGAGGAUAUGCAGCAGCAGAUAGUCAAGAAUGAAGCUAGAAUCCGAGAGGAGGAGAGGUUGAGACAAGAAUCUCUAAUUGCUGAAUUACAACAGAGGCAUGAGGAAGAGAUGUUUGACAUUCAGACUACAAAUGAAAGAUUGAAAAAGCAAGAAGAAGCAAAGAGGGAUAUGGACUCCAGGCAAGAUGGCGUCAAACUUCGAGACCAGAUCGGUGAUCUUUCUCAUGAAAAUUUGCAUUUGAAGAAGACUCUUCUAGAAGCACAGACCAACAUCUCAGUUCUGCAGGCAGAACUCGACAAAAUAAAAAAUCAACUGGAUGAUGAAAAACGUCAACAUGCAAGGGAAAAGGAAGAGCUACUAAAGAUGGAUGAGGAGCGGCGAUCAUAUUCCAACCAAAUAGAGAAGCUUCAGGAAAUAAACAAGCAACUGUAUGACAGCAAUAAUGAAGUGAGAGCUAUGCUUUUCUCAACUGCAAAUGCUGGAAACAAAAGUACUUCCUCUUCUGGUCGCAGAGUUCUUCCUGUCAGACCACCGGAGAAUAACGUUAAUGGAUUGCCAUCCAAAAACUCUUUCAGCUUCUCUGAAGAGGAUGAUCUAGCAAGUUUGGAUUCAUACAGUACAAGUCAGAAAAAUCUUGCAGAGGUGGCCAAAUGGGCCCAGAAGUAUCUGGGUAAUAAAUGGACUAUAUCUCCUGAUGUAGUGGACGGCGAUGACCUGAGCAGUGAUUACGACAGUGACCAAAGUAAUGCAUCCGGAGAAACUGUUCAACACAGCUUGUACCUGCCAUCUGAUGUGGAGGUAUCUGAUGUAAAGUCUGAGUUCAAUGUAGAGGCAGACACAGCAUCUGGUGUUUGGAAACCAUCACGACCUGCAAGUCGGGGAAGUUCAGUAGCAUCUUCACGGAAACGGCUUCCCGUUUUCUCACCAAAGAAAGUAGAAGUAGAAAUGUCUCCUGAAGUCUCCCAAAACCACGGCCCACUGUACAGGUUGGUUCUGGCCGGAGAUGCAGGGUCGGGGAAGUCAAGCUUCUUACUACGUUUGUGCUCCAAUGAGUAUAGAUCAGAUAUUACUACCACAUUGGGAGUGGAUUUCCGAAUGAAGAAGCUCUUGGUAGAUGGGGACCAAACAACUCUACAAAUCUGGGACACAGCAGGACAGGAGAGGUUUCGAAGCAUUGCCAAAUCAUAUUUCCGCAAAGCUCAUGGUGUUCUACUGCUGUAUGAUGUAACCUCAGAAAGAAGCUUCUUGAAUGUCCGAGAGUGGGUUGAUGAAGUUAAGAAUUCAACUGAAAAGUCUAUCCCUAUCAUUUUGAUUGGCAACAAGGUGGAUAUGAGAGCUGAAAUGCCUGAGUCCAAUUGUGUGCAUACUGCCCAUGGAGAGAAGCUAGCCAUGGCAUACAACUCUCUGUUUUGUGAAACAAGUGCCAAAGAUGGAACCAAUGUGGUAGAGGCUGUGCUACACCUGGCCAGAGAGGUAAAAAAGACAGUUGACCUGGACAAUGAGAAGGAGGAGGCUGUGACAAAGCUCAUCAUUCCUGACAAACUAGACAGCUUGUCAAAAUGUUGCAAAAUGUAGAAUAAAAAGAUGGAUGUAAAGCAUCUAAGUGCCUUAUAUUUCUAGGACAUCAUUUUGACAGAAAUGCAGAAAACUCUUUUGCCUUAAAGAACAAACUCUAUAAUGCUGCAGAUGAAAUGUGGAAAAUAGACAACAUUAUUCUGAGUCAAUGAACAGAAAUUACUUUACUAUUCAUCAUCUAUAGUUGGACAUUCUGGCAAGUGACUCAUCAGGAUUCUGAAAUUAUUCUUGCCUUGUUCCAUGGCUACAACUGAAACUGGAGCAGUCUAAACAAGCAGUUCUCAAGGCAGACAUAAGACACAUCUGAAAUAUACAGUAUCCAGAACAUUUAACUGCAAUCAGGAACUGUCUGGAGUACAUUCUAGAACGGGUUUCUAGAUGUAACGUUUAUCUUUUUUUGCACAAACCUAACUGUUCUAGAAAUCUUUGCAAGCAGGGUGCUAGGAAAAACCCUGUGAGGAUUUUUUCAGUAUGUUUAUUUUGAUGAAGAUUGCAGCGUACAUUUUGUAAAAGUUUAAAAUAUGUUAUAUUGUAAAAGAAUGUGUUUUAAUAGCUGUUCCUUUUUUUUGUACAGUUUGUAAGAAAAAGUCUAGUUUGUAUAUAAUGUAGACAUUUGGCCCUUGUUCUGAAAGUAAUUGGCCAUUCUUGCUGGUCACAAAGUAUGAGCACUUUAAAAUGAAAUUCCAAAUAUUUUUGGGGGAUUGCUACAAUGUAUUAAUUUAAGGAACUUUUAAAAAUUAAUUUAAGAUUUUGAUAAGGGUAUUUGAAAGAGAAAUGAAGUAUUACUUUGAAUGUUUUUUUUUUUAUUACUGACUGGGGAAGAUUUGAUUCCGUAUGAAGUACCAUGUAAAAGUUGGGUUUGAAAAAUUAAAGUAUAUUUUAUGAGCACAA